AUGUCCAUCGAUAUCGUCAUACAAAGAAUCAGGGAAUGCUGCCAACAAUCGGACCCCUCCGCCUCCGAGUGCGCGCAGCUCCUAGCCGACCUAAAGAUUGGACUGACCAGACUCCAAAGCACACUGCACUCAAACACUCAAAAAAACCUGGAACUAGCCAGAGAAGGAUACGAGCUGGCCACGCUCCUGAGUGUCAGGCUGCGUGAUGAAAGUGCAUUUGAAAAAUAUAUUGCACUUCUUCGGCCGUAUUAUUUCGACUACCCACUACCCAGUUCCCCAAGGCGCUACCUCAUUCUGGGUCUCUACCUUCUGUUCCUGCUAAUCAAGUCUCGCAUAGGCGACUUCCACAUCGCCCUGGAACUGCUCCCCUGCCACUCCGAUCCCUUCAUAAAAUUUUCCUUAGACUUAGAACGCGACAUGACAGAAGGACGCUACAACAAAAUUUGGCACGCCAGGCAAACCAUCCCCGACCCCAGCUACAGCUUCUUCGUAGAAAUGCUUACCAUCGCAGUGUGCAAGGAUAUCGCCAAAUGCAUGGAAUGCUCCUACAACAGCAUCGGCGUCCAAGAAGCCGUCAACCUCCUACACUUUUCUAGUGCUCAACAACUAGAAAGCUUCAUAAGGGAAAACGGCUUCAAUUGGGUCAUCGAAAAUCAGCGCAUCAAUUUUCACCCCGAAAGAGAAAGCCCUAUCUUGACUCUGGAUGCGCACCAGCUCAUUCAUCAAAACCUCGUCUAUGCACAUGAAAUAGAAAGAAUUAUUUGAAAAACCUACGCACAACUUUGCCGGCCUAACCACAAAGUCCUGUUAUCUGCGGCAAGCAAUCGCGUCAAGACUCUCGCCCCUUCAGCUGAUCUGUAAAAAGCCAUCAGCCGAGCCCUCAGCGCACCUUCAUCCUACGGAAAAUUAAAUAAAAAAAAAAAAAAACAAAACCCCAAACUUCAAUCAUACAUACCUCAACCUAGAAUAAACAUG